GAACAGAAAGAAUUAAAUUCGUAGAAUAUUUUAAAAUUUAUAGCUUUCCUCAAUUCUGUUUUUGUUUUGUAGUAAACUCUAAUCUUUGGUUGUUUAAUCUGUUUUCUUUUUUUACCUUGUUACAAUUUGAUCGUACAUUAAAAAAAUUGCUGGAUGUACUAGAAUUAUUUUAUAACCAGUUAUUCCUAUUAGGGCACAUUUUAUUUUCAAUCAUUUAACGUUGAUCCAAAUAUGUCACUUCGCUGCCGGUUUUUUCACAUCCGUAGCUAACUUCUCUUCAUUUAACACGUUAAAGUGAAUCUGUCUAUUUUAUAGGUUAAGUUUGUGUAAAUUUGUCAUCAAUUAGAUAUUUUAGAGAGUUUAGAAGUGUUACUGUACGUUUGCUUAUUAUUAUGGCCGAUUCUACUAAGGUACAAGAAUACAAAGAGGAUGUGAAGAAACAAGCAGAAACAUUGGUACUUAAGGGAUUUCCGGAAACUAUAGUGAAACUGAAUGCAAUUCUUGAAACUUCUCAGUUUAAAAAUAGAAGCUUUGUUGAUGUACAUCAAGAUUUAAAUAUACCAAUUCCAGAUCCCAUCAUUUUAAACAGUCAUACUGAAUUGCCCGUUGCUAAAAAAGCUAAACUUGACCCCAGUAUAAAUCAAGAUGGUACUAAAGUGAUGAUUCUGCCUACUGGAUCAGUUCCAACAAAUAAAAAUUUAGUUGAAAUGAUAGAGAGUGUUAAACCUCAUAUAAGAAGACUUGUUGAAGAUUCAAACUUGAUAAAAAUGUGGAUUUCCUUUAUGAUUCCAAAAAUUGAGGAUGGUAAUAAUUUUGGUGUUUCUAUUCAAGAAGAUACUUUGGCCGAAGUACAAUCUGUGGAAUCUGAGGCUGCUGCUUUUUUUGAUCAAAUUUCACGGUAUUAUAUUUCAAGAGGCAAAUUAAUUUCUAAAGUAGCUAAAUAUCCUCACAUAGAGGACUACAGACGAUCAGUUCAAGAACUUGAUGAAAAAGAGUACCUAAGUCUGUGGCUAGUUAUGUCGGAAAUAAGAAAUCGUUACUGCGCCCUUCAUGACAUCGUUCUCAAAAAUCUGGAUAAAAUUAAAAAACCCAGACCAUCAAAUGCAACAGAAUCUUUGUAUUAGAAAUAAAUAAACAAAUAUGUACUUGGUUCAUUGUAAGGAAUUAAUUACAAGUAUCUGAUUUGUUUGGAAUUUUUAUAAAAGUAACAAAAACAAACAUAUUUUUCUUAAAGGUGGAAUUCAAUAUUCUGAAGCAUACCAUUUUUUUCUUAUAGGGUAGAUGUUCAUUACACUUUUUUAACAAUAAAAAUGAAAGGAUCUA